CGCCAUGGAUCACGUAGAGCAUGUUCACACCAAUGAGCGGGUGCCUGGCCACACGAAUUACUACGAAAAGGAUGGCUUGAGGACCUAUGGCGAUGGUGAAGACCACGACCACGAACCACCGAUGACUUUCAAGAGGAUUAUGAGUUUGAUCGCAAUGGCAUUCUUAUGGACCGGCAGUCAGAUUCCCGUGUAUCUCUUCGGCGGCGUUCCUCCCUACAUUUACCGCGAUAUCGGCGGCACGGAUAGAUGGAUUUGGUUUGUGCUUGCCAACCUUCUCUCACUAGCCGCAGUCUGUCCUUUCGUGGGAUCCAUAUCUGACAUUGUGGGCCGACGUUGGGUUGCCAUGAUUGGAGCUUGUUUUCUAGUCUUGGGUAUGAUCAUCUGUUCCACUGCACAAACCAUGAACAUCUUCAUCGCCGGCAUGGUCUUCUCUGGCAUUGGUGCGGGCAUCAAUGAACUGACAGCAUUGGCCGUUACGUCCGAGCUUGCCCCCACCAGCCAGCGUGGCAAGUACGUCGCUAUCCUCGUCUUCACUAUCAUCCCGUUUUGCCCAUCGGUGCUCUGGGCCCAGCUUAUCGCGUCCCAUUCCACCUGGAGAUGGAUUGGUCUGUGGUGCGGCUUGUGGGCCUUCAUCGGUCUCGUCUUGACAGCCAUCUUUUAUCAUCCACCUCCUCGAGUCAAUAGUCAGGGCAUGAGCCGAAAGGAAAUUCUUGCAGAGAUUGACUACAUUGGCGGCCUUCUUUCCAUCAGUGGGAUGCUCUUAUUCAUGAUGGGGAUGCAGUGGGGAGGCUACCAAUACCCUUGGACCAGCGCCCAUGUCCUUGCGCCUUUGAUAUUGGGUGUCAUCCUGAUGAUAGCUUUCGUGGUCUGGGAGAGCUACGGAGCAAAGCACCCUAUGUUUCCGAAGAGAUUGCGCCAAGAGCCUCGCAUUCUCGGCUUGACGCUGGUCAUUACUUUCAUAUCUGGAGCUAAUUUCUUCUCCAUCUUGAUGUUCUGGCCCACACAGGCAUUCAAUGUAUACGGACACGACCCGAUCGGCGUCGGUAUUCGUGGCAUUCCGGUCGGCUUUUCGAUUCUAGCUGGAGCUUGUAUUGUCCUGUGGCUACUUUCGUUGCUUCGCGGACACAACAAGGAGCUCCUGAUUGCCUCGUCAAUCCUGAUGACUGCAGGGUGCGGUUCGCUUGCCAUCGGCCGUGUAGACAAUUUGUAUCAACUAUGGGGCUUGUUGGUACUAGCUGGUUUGGGUAUAGGUGGAAUCGUCGUCCCAGCAUCGAUCAUUUCCACUAUCAUCUGUCCAGAUGAUCUCAUCGCAACAGUGGCGGCCCUUACCCUCGCAGUCCGCGUCAUUGGCGGGUCGAUUGGGUAUUGUGUAUACUACAACGUCUUUAUCUCUAAAUUUGUUCCAGCAGCAACAUAUUACAUCGGUGGUGUAAUGUCAACUAAGCUCAAUAUUACCUCCGUGGAAGUUAUCGGCGAAGCGAUUGUGAUUACUGGCGCUUCGCUUCUUCCACUACUUGAGGAGCUUCCGGGUAUCAAAGGUGUUCCAGGAGCUUACGAGGCGGUAGUCUUUGCUGGCCAGCUUGCAUAUGCGGAAGCGUACAAAUAUGUCUACUACGUCAGCAUCGCUUUCGGAGGGGUCAGUAUCUUAGCAGCGUGCUUCUUGGGCGACAUCUCCAAGUACAUGGACGACCAUGUCGCCGUCGUCAUGCACUGAGUUUACAUUGCCUUGGUUAGUAGAGACAUAGGAAGAGCCUGGUAUCUGGUACAUCGCUCUUUGAGUGAAAUAGGGGCGUAUAUAUAUGUGCUAGGCAUUGAAGCCUAAUCGUAGGACUGAUUGUAAGAAGAGGGUAACUUUUCAAUUUAUCAAGCACAACAUUGCAG